CUCCGUCUUCCAUCUCUCACUGUCACUUCGAUCUUGAGCUCGCUUCGCACGCGUUCGUCAUUCAACGCAAGGAAGGGCGUAGACUUCGAGUAUCAACUUGACACCCGCGAAUAAAGAAAGCUCAGCCCGGGCGAAUGGCAGCCACCCGCGAAACGGUCUGCGCGAAGAUGGGCUCCGUUCCCGAGAUCCCGCUUGAAGACUUCAUCUCCUACUUUCUUCCCUCACAGAAGCUCGACGCAGGGCAGCUGAAAACCGUGUUCGACAAGCUCACGCAAGAGUGGCACGUUCAUCAAGACUUGCCUGCGGGAGAUUGCGCCAAGCGGAAGUCUUGCGCGGCCAUCUGGGCCUCUGACAACGCUCCUCUUAGCGUCGACGAUCAGCACCGAACUUUCUGGACCGGCUACGUUCGUGCGCCGGCUGAAUUGUCGGGAAGCGCGAGAGUGGACUACAGCGACCUCGUCGCCAUACACGGGCAGAUAAUCCAAUGUUGUACAGAAGUGGACGGAAGCAAGACACUCAAGCAAAUGACAACGCUAAAGAACAACGCUACACGUAGCCUGGCUAGCCACGAACUGCCUUUGUCUAUGCCCGAUGGCGUUCACCUGCUCACGACCGACCUCGCCGAAGAGUUCGACUGGCACGAUGUCGUUGUCGCCGAGGAGUACAUGUACCUCAGGGACUGCGCAGAAUCUGGGAUUUGGGACAUCGACAUGGACGUGGAAGAGCCGCACCCAACAGAGACGCAGCAGAAGCUAGAGAACGCGAAGAGAGUCCUCUGGUGCAUGCAUCAAACCUUGUGUACAGAUCCCCGACGCCGCUUCGCCUUCGGUAUCACCUUCGCGAACACCGAGGUUCGCCUCUGGCAUUACAGCCACGCCGUCGUCGUUGUCAGCAAACCCUUCGACUUGGACGUGAACGCCAAGACCCUGAUCGACGUCUACUCACGCUUCGCCUUUGCCACCCGGGAAGAGCUCGGCUUCGACCCCAAGAUCGAACUCAUUCGGUCACCCACUUCUCCCUCCAGACUUGAGGCGCCGCAUCAGUACAGGAUCACCGUCCGCGGACACCGCUACAUUACCGUCAACAUCAUCUCGAACCAGUCCGCGGACAAUGGUAUCGGGCGCUGCACGAGGGUCUGGGCGGCGUAUCGGGAAGGGGAGGACACGAAAAAACUGUAUGCCAUCAAGGACUGCUGGCUCGAGGAGGGCCGCAAGACGGAGUACGACAUAUACCAGGACCUCAUGCAGGCCAUCGACGCGUACGACUGGGAGCGGUGCUGCCAUAAGCCGAUGAAGCGGAAGAAGCUUGCGGAUUACAAAGGCGCCGAGCCUAUCGACCCGCGGUAUGGCCUGUCCAAGGAGGAGCGCAAGGCGUUCUUCAUCCCGAUCUACGAGGGGGAGAAGGUCGAGAUUGCGCCAGGUGUUUACGAUAACACUGAGAAGGUGAUUGGGCGAGGCUACGUCUUUCCUUGUCCUAGCGACCGCCUCGUGUAUUCUGUCUAUGAGGGCGCAGUGCUUGCGGGAGCGCAAGGCUCGGUCUUGGUCGGUGUAGCCGGCAACUCGGAUACCACCGACUAUCCGAGGCAGUCCAAAGGGCGCUUUCUCAGGGAUAUUCCCGCGCGGGAGCAUCACCGUCUCGUGAUGGCAGUAGGCAGGAAGUUACUGGAAGUCAAGGAGACUAAAGCCACGUUCUCGACCAUCAAGGACGCUUCGUACGCGCUCUUUAUCCUGCAUGCAAUGGGCUACCUGUAUCGCGACAUCAGUUCUGGCAACAUCCUUCAAUAUAAGGGACAGGGUGUCCUCGCUGACAUAGAGUAUGUCAAGGCAGCAACUGCAUUGCAGACGCACAAGCAGAGGAUGGGCACCGCGGACUUCGUCGCCGUAGAAGUCGUCAAUGGCGAAUUUUUGACCGAGCCUUCCGUCAGAAAGGGCGUAUUAGCGAUCUUGACCGGUCGCUUCAAGGACAGCAAGGGCGAUCCGGCAUCACAGGAUGAUGAACCGUCGUCAGACGAAGAUGCCUCGUCCGAGGAAGAGGAGGAAGAUGCUCCCGUCGCCCUCCCUAUCGAUGGACGUCAACUCGAAUGGAGGUUCCGCGAAGCUCAUGACCUGGAAUCCAUUUGGUGGCUGGUUCUCUGGAUUCUGUUCCGUCAUCACGCUAUCGGAGUCGGCGCCCUCCCAUCCGAUUACGACCCUGUUGCGCAGUUGAACCGCUACAACUCGAUGUUCCCGCACUAUCAUUUCUCGACCGCCAUCGAACGGGUGGGAGUCCUCCUGUUUGAGCGCCAUCUCGUCGCCGCCCUCCAGCUGCUUCUUCCCGAAUGGCGUAAAGCGAUGACCGCGCGUCUGAAGGAAAUCCGCAUCCUCCUGAAGGAGAUCUACGACGACUGCCAGGGGAAGCCGCCCCACCCGGUGACCUGGUUCCUCGUCCACGAGAUGUGUGCCGCUGGUGAACGCAUUCAGGGUAGUCUGGCUCCGAUCGCCGAAGAGACCUUGGACGUCGUCGCCCACACUGACCGGAUCCCGAGGGAGACACUGGAUACAGUGGAUACGCAGGGAUCCCACCGCGCCACGCGUAUCAAGCGAAGGCGUCAAGAUAUGCAAUCGAGUGCGGACUCCACUGAGUCGCAGCCCAAGCGCAAGAAAACUGGCGCUGGAAAGGCGUCUACCUCGCAGGGUCCUCGUCGCAGCGUUCGCCUCAAUGGACAGCAGCACUGAAUUGCAGCCGUGACAUGGCGCUCCUGAGUCCUGCCUCGCAUCUCUAUGUGGCUCCCCGCCAUAUUGUCAAAGUUCGGUGUCGGCCACCUUGGGGAAAGUUAUCUCUUUUACGCACUCAGGCUUCCAGGUUGUCUUCAUGUGCGUUUAUGUAUGUUAUCGCUGUACCAGCUUUGGGGUUUCGUAGACCUUUUCACUUGGUAUUCUAGCUGGGAAUAACGCUCUCAACAUCGUAAAUCGCAACUAACAAUGCGCAAUCGUCAUACGGCCAAGAUUGGUACGAAUCCCUGCACCGCUUAGGUAGAAGUUAGACAUCAACGUCCUUUGCUUUUGACUUCCACUUUGAC